UUGCUCAACACAACUUUCGGUCGUUGUCGCUGCUAAAGUAGAUGCAAAAAUGCUGUGAUUUGGUGGUGCAGAACGGUUCAACGCGUUGUCCGCUGUCGGAGGUGAUAUUAGGAUCCGACAUGAAUCAGAAGACAGGGCUGGUCUCGAGUCGCCGUAUCGCAGCUACAUUCGCUAGAGAAGUAACAUUUUAAGCCGUUUAGCCGCGUUUGUCUGCGAUUGAGCGCAUUCCGGAAUGGAAUCGGAAACGGACGAUAGCUGCUACGAGCGGAAGGACAUACCCGUGGAUAAAUUCGGGGGUGAUUUCUACCACAGUCGGGAUGUAACGACACGUCAGUUGAACCGGCACCUGGCAAACUGUGCGGCCGACAUCUCUCCGGCCCACGGGCGCCCCAUUUCGUUGCCUGCGAAGCUAUACGAUCCCGGGGCGACGAGUGGUGGCGAUGGGGACGGUGGCGGCCGCGAUCAGCUCGACGGUGGAGCGAAUGUGGUCGACAGUUCUUCGCUGAUCAGGCGGUAUGCAGAAGUGACCAAGUUUAAGCAUGAAUCAUCAAACAGCAGCAGUGGAAACCGGUUAUCAAGAGGCACCGAUUCAUCACUGGUCGUAGCGAAAAAGCGCCUCAGUGCAUUGCAUUCCAACACUCAGAUGCAGUCGAAUGAAGGCGAAAUAAUGGACGACGACAUGGCGCCACUUUUACCGAGCAAUCGUGAGCUUUCCCAGGAGGAAUUGUACGAGUCUCAUACAUCACUGGUGUCCAGCUCGGAAGGAGGCAUACUGGCCGAAGGGGAAGAUACUUCCAGCGAAGAGUCGGAGCAGGAAUCGGAGAAUUCUGCCAAUCCGUCGGCCUGCGUGUUGAGUUUGGUGGAGCGAUUGCUUCGAACGCAUCCCGUUUGGUUCCUGCCUGGAAUACAGCGUUCCGGAGCAAUACAUCUACUGCAGGGAAAGGAAGAAGGGAAUUUCAUCGUUCGGGGUUCUAGUCAGUCGAAAACGAUGGCGGUGUCGGUGCGACUGCCAGCUAAUUCGGGUCCAUACAUCGAACACUAUCUAAUCCAAGCCAACAAUGGGCUACUGAGCUUGGAAAGCUCACGCUUCAAGUUCGAUUCGAUUCCCGCCCUCAUUGCCCACUACACGCAGUGCUGCGACGAGCUACCGGUGCAACUCUGCCUUCCGGCCGCUUUGCGGGAAGCGAAAAACCGCCAGCAGCUGUCAUCGCUGGCUCUGCUGGGACAGGAGUUCUGGCGCUAUCCGAUGGCCAGCUCUCCGAAACUGAAACCGACCACCGCCGCACCUCUGUCGGCUAACUCUAGUCACAUGAACACCCCGUCCGAGGCGACACACUCCAGCGGUAUUGGCACCUCCGUACUUAACCACACGCCCACGGUGGCCCACGGUGGAAUGGGUGCUGGAGCCACCUUCGGUGAAACCCCGACCGACACGUUCUCGACGAUGAGCAGCUUCACCGUCGGCAAUGGGCAUACACUCCUGAGUCCGGAGUCGAUCGACAGUGCCAUCAUGAUGUCACCGAUGGAUCCGACUCAGCAGCAAACUGGUAUUAUCGGGAAAACCAGCACUUUUAAAGCGCGCAAGCAAAUCAUCUCACCCGCUACACCGCACGAGGUCGAAAAACAGAUUGAGCUGUUCAACGCCAACAUCCUGGGUCAUGGAAGCUCCACCGUAGUCCAUAGCACGAAUGGUGCUGACCUUGGCGGUGAAAUGUCAACGUCGACAGCCUCUUCCUCGGUCGACGGUGGUAAACACACCGUAGUACACACCAGCACACUGGAGAGAAAACUUCGGGCACCACGGCCAACACCACCAAAUACGCUCAACAUUAAACCUAUUCGGAGCCCUCCGGCACCACCGGCAAGGCGUAUCAAACCUCCCUCGACGGCAGAGCACUUGACGUCAGCUGCAGAUGCAAACGUUAGCAUGUUUACUCCACAAAAAACACCGAUUUCUACACCGACAGCUUCUGGGUUCCAAGCGCCGACUAACAGCAGCUUUCAGGCAGUCAGCAGCGCCGUGUGGUACGUGGGCGACGCUGAUAAUGUUGGGGAAAAUCAAGGGCAGCGAGCUUCCGGAUUUCCACAACAGUUGGAACCGGAGAGUGACCCGCGAAAGCCGGAACCACUCGAUGCCGGCUGCAUCAGCAUUCCAACGAGCACCCGUGUAAGCCGGCGCAACAAGAGGAAAGAAUCCAAACACUAUCAGGAGUCGGAUAUACUAGAAUCGCCGUCGGUGUAUUGUCGAAGUACAUUAGGGGACAAGAUAAGCGACUAUGAAGACAUCUGGUCACAAGACGCCACCAAGAGCGACCGAAGGUCUCUGCUAGCAUCAACUCGUCAAGGAGUCUACGGUUUGGAAGAUUUAACGCUAAAGGGACUCGUUUCUCCAUCGGUGGAAUCCAUGACCUACAGCCACGGAAAACUAUCGUCGUACAAAGGGCCGGCUGGACACGGUGUGUCGACGUUUUCCGUGGAUAACCUCGGCAUACCGGUUCAUGGGUUGGACUCGGGUGCGACGAGCGAUCGUGCAAGCACACCGACCGAGAAACCGCGUCCUCCGGUGGCUCUCAAAACCUUUUCUCCCAUACCGAAGGAAGACCAACGCUUUGGAGGCCGACCCGCAUUUCUGGAUUUGCGUCAGCGGUCGUGUUUGAACAUUUCCAAUUCCACCCCAGCUGGGACACCAAUCACUUUUGAUGCGGUAGUCGCGAUCGGCAACAAUCAGGAACAGAAGCAAAACAGCCCGUUUUAUGCCGAUCCGGCCGAUAUAUUGUCGAUGCACAAUAUUGUACGCCGCAGUCCGUUAAAUCGGAUGGCUUCGGCGAACAGUAGCCAGCGCCAUUCGGAACCACCGAAGCAGCUGUUGGUUAAUGAAGACAUCCUGACACCUUCUGCGCAUCCUUGGGGUAAUGGACAUGGAUGCCAUGUCAACAAUAACUUUGCGACAUCGCUCGAUGAACUGGCGCUGGAGAAAACGGAUUCACUCAUAACAGGCGUUCGGUUAAAUGAACUAAGCAUCACCGGUGGUGGUGGUAUAAGGUAUGGGCAUGGCAGCAGUGAUUAUGAUUCGGACAUACGAUGGAAAACACCUUCAGCAUCGCUGAAGAACGUCGACAUUCAUUCCGGCAAAAUGCACCAGAAAAGCACGGACAGUCUGGCCACAACUUCGCGGCCUGUGACGAUACAUCAAAUCAUUGCCAAAAAGUUACCCCAUUUAAACCUCUCCGAAAGACUGUUGGACGGUAACGUGAUGUACGAUGGUGGAGUUAACGGGACGAACGGAGAUACCAGCUUCGGUACGCUCGGGAACAGAGGACAACGGAAGUCGGCUUAUGACAACGUAGAAAAGCACGUCAAUGCAUAUGCCACAUCAGCCAUCAACAGUGCGCAUUCGGACGAUGGAACCGUUUUUUCUGAACCCUGGGACAGCUCACAGUGGGACUCGUUUUUCCCGAACGAACAAUCUGCUGCAAACGCCAGCAGCGCGGGCAAUAACUUCGAAAGCAGCGGACUCGUACCGAAGGAUGGUCGAUGCCGUAAAGAGGGUUCGCAGCAAACACAAUCGCAGCAAAAAGUGGCCACCAUCCUGCGCACCCGUAGUUGCCGCGAUCGAGAAAUCUUGAGUCAUCCACGCAACCGAACAUCUCACAACGGUCCGGGAGAGUCGAUCGCAACGUACGCCUUCUAUCUUGCCAACAAGCAAGACUCGACCUUCUCGCGCAACAUUAGCAACUUCAUUGCCUGCACCAAGGAAUCGAAGGCCGCACCCCAUCCGCAGGUCGUGAUGCGGAACAUGCGCCAGUUUAUGUCCGGCAUGAAGAACUAUCUCGUAAAGCACGGCGAGGGCGAGUUUGCGAACGAGGUGCAAAAGGCGCGAGCUCAGCUCAAACCGGACGAGUUCCUCAACCUGGACGCAAUACUGGAGGAGGUGAUGCACCGGCUAGUGAUACUGCCACUGCGUGAGCAUCUAUACGGUUUGUUCGUGGAUUACUACAGCCAGUCGGGUGACAUACUGCUGAUAGUGGAAAAAGUGCGCCUAACUGCGGGCCGUGGUCCAGCAGCAUUCGGAAUUAAGAACAAUGUCAUCCCGCCGAGUCCUACCGCCAUGCGUCAAAUCGCAACGCUUUUCGUGCGUCUUCAAGAGGCUGAGCUGCCGCUAGCAAAGUUGGAUCUCCUGCUGGCAGCCGUUUCGACCAUUUUUGAGGCCACCACCUGCUGCAACGGGCAGCAGCUCAGUGCGGACGACUUCCUGCCAGUACUCGUGAUGGUGGUUGCACACUGUGGUUUUGUUGGUGCCGAAAUCGAGGCCGAGUACAUGUGGGGUUUGCUUCAACCAUCGCUGCUGAGUGGCGAGGCUGGCUACUAUCUGACAGCACUCUGCAGCGCGGUCCACGUACUUAAGAACUUUACUCUUAGUGAGCUGGAAGGGCACUCCACAUUGGAUUGGGAUUCCUCGACGAUGCCAAACUGCUCGUCGGUGCUGCGCGUAAUCAUCCCCGAUGAAUACAACGGUUCCAUACAGACGCGCACACUACCGAUACGGCCGCACACGACUACCAAGGAGAUUUGUCGAAUUAUUGCCCACAAGGCGAGAAUAACGAAUGCCCAGGAUUAUGGGCUAUUUAAGCUGAUCGACGGUGAAGAAACUCUUCUACAUGACACCGAAUGCCCGCAGGACGUCCGGAUGGCGGCGAAAGGGAAGCAUUUUAUGAUCGCAUACAAGCGGAUCGACGCCAAAAUAGCUUGGCCUACCGUGAUGCCAAAUAAUGCUGCAGCAACCACCAAUCAUGCCGCUAUUGCUAAUACUAUCACCAAUACUACUACUAUUGCUACUACAACAACUACUACUAACGCGAGUGAUAAUCAACUAAAAGUAUAAAAGAAAAAACAAACAAACAAUGAAUUAAGCUUCCAUCAUUACACAUCUAAGUCUGAUAUACUCUUUUUCAUAAGACCGUCAUCAUCAACGUCGUAACAUUGUUUUUAUCCCCCAGCGUAUAGUUUUUAUUCGUCUAAUUCGUGAUUCUACUGUCAUGAUUGGUUCAUAUUGUAUAGUGCGAAUAGAUUAUAUAAAAAAAGAAAUCAAUCUUAUGUAAGCACACAUCAGCAACAAUCACCACAUACACAUACACUAGGGCGAUUGACUCGUCUCUACACUAUACAAUAUGAUUCUCUAAAACAAUGCAACUCAUCUCUCAAUACGUUAAGAUUUUAACUCCAUGCCCUGACUUAUAUACAACAUGCAUUAUAUUAACAUAUACACAUUUUUGAGUGAGAAAUCCAUGCCACAUUUGGUGGUGAUCAGUUUGCGCAAUAACGUUUAUCUUCUAACAAUAACCAAGGAACGUAUGCCAUUCUCUGUGAUGAUGAAGCGCGUAAAAAACAAUUCUCUGCUCAAGAUUAUUCGUGUUUGAAUUCUUCUGUGUCUCUGUAUAUAAACUAGAGAACCGUUAAGGCAGUUGCGCUUUUCUCUUCAAAGUUUCCUGCUGUAUACGUUUAAGUUUGUCCUGUCACUUGUCAUGAAAUGACCAAUAAUCUUGCCUUUUUUUGUUUUGUUUUUAUUUGUGUCGAAAUUUUAGGGUGUAUGAAUUUAAAAAAAAAACCAUUAAACGCCGGAAGAUGCCCACAGGACACUCUCACUCAGCAGUGAAUAUUUACCCUCUUUUUUAACG